UACAAGCAUGAGCACUAUCUUCAACACCAUCAAGCUCUCAAACAUUCCCUAUUUCGAGUAACUACGCCAACAUGGAUUAUCUAUUUUUGAAGAAGAAUAAUAUUUAUGGAGCCAUAAGAUGAUAGAGACCAUUAUCCUUGGAUAAUUUGGUACAUUUGGAAGGCUAGAAAUGAUAAGCUAUUCAGAGGUAUAGAUAGGGACCCAUUGGAGCUUGUCAGAUAUGUAAAGAAUGAGUGUGAGGCCUGGUACAAUGCAAAGGAUACUAUACAUGUUCCUCUACAUGCACAAAUUGUUGAAGAAACACAAGCCUUAAGUUUGGGUAAUAUUUGUAUGUUGGAUGGUUCACGGACCUUCACGGAUCAAUUCAGUGGAAUUAGAUGAGAGUGGAAGGAUAACAUGGGUCCAACUUAUGGGGACACAUAAUUUAAGGAGGUGUGAGAUAGCACUACACUCUAAACUGGAAGCGUUAAGAUGGGCAAUUGAGAAUAUGCUACAACACUCGACCUGUCAGAGAUUUGGGACAGAUUGCAAAUACUUGAUUGCAAUGAUAGUAGGCCCACAAGUUUGGCCAAAUUUUUCAACUCAGCUGGAGGUCAUUCAAAUUUUCCAGAUGUGUUUUCCAGACUUAAUCCAAAAGCGCAAAAUGAAAUUGAUGAUUCACUAGUUAAGAAUAUCCGUUCUUUUCAUAGAUCUUUUUACUUUAUUGGUUGUUUUAUUCAUGUUUAGUUAUCUAGAUUACAUCAAAUUUGAUUAGUAAAAUAACUGUUUGUUACAAAAAAAAUAUAUUAUUAUUUGGGCUUAGAAAACGUAGACAAACUAUUUUAGAAAUAAACAUGUUUACAUAUUAUGCAAAUAAACUCCAAUAUCUCUCUUAUUAAAACAUAACUUUCUUUUUGGAUUCAACUUUUCUUUUAUAAAUUUUUAAAUUAAAUAUAAUCUUCUACUAUACAGUUAAACACACCUUUAAUUUGACUAUUGUUACUAUUUGGGUUUAGAAACGUGUGCUAACUAUUUUAGAAAUAAACAUGUUAUAAUAGUAUGCAAAUACACCCGAAUAUUACGUGAAAGCAGUGUGCAAAUAUGUUGGGUCCAAUAGAUUAUGUCAUAUUUAUGAUAUACGAGAGUUAACAUUAUGACAUCUCCAUUAUUUAAAAUCCAAAUCAAAAUAAUCAUGUUUGUUAAAAAUAUAUAUAAUAUCGAUAGGGUUAUAAAGUAAUUGUUCACGUUCAAACGUUUUCAAAAUUUAAUAAAAUUAGUAGUACUAAAAUUUCCAAGUUAAUCUUUUUUGUCCAUCUGUCGACAAUUAUAAUGCUAUGAAAAUACACACAUAGUAUGAUUUUAACAUUGGAACAUAAGAGUAUACAUACAUAAUCUCUAUUAAAAUAACCGAUAAAUUAUGUAAUAUUUUUUUUAUUAUGUAAUAAACAAAAAAUUCAAAACACUAGCUCAUAACUUUGUGUUAUAACUAAAAAACAACCUGCUUUUUCAAAGUGCAGGUCAUGAUAUAGUUAGCAGAAUUAAAUUUGAAGAUAAUUUUUUCUUUAAAAAAAACGAGAGAGCAAGAGAGAUAGGACCCUAGCAACCAAAGCCGCUGUCAUCCCGACUUUUGCUCUGGCGGUUGAUGCUUCUCACCGCUGCCGGAAGCAGUAUCUCUUCCUCUCCUUUUACUUCUUUACGGUACUAAUCUCGGUAUCUCGACAUCAGUGUUAGGAGCAGCUUCGGACCUGAGUUUUUGGAGUGAUUCAGAUGGGUUAUUCUGUCGGAUCUCGGUGCCCUAGUUCGAAUGGAGAUUAGAUGGAUGCAGGGCUUGUUGGUUUCACUCUGGUAGUCUUGAGCUUCUCUGUAGGGCUCGGUUACAGGUGAAGUUCGGUGGUCUUGGUCAGAAGAGAGAAACUCAUGUUUAUGGCUGUUUAUAGGAUGUCUAGGUUAUGUUCAUGUGUUAGUCUUUAGUUCUAGAGAAGCGGUUUUGAGUGGGUUUUUGGUGGUUGCGAGGUUGUGGUUCUUUUCUCUAUCUCUCUUGUUUGUAUGGCCGAAUAUUAUGUCUUGUUCGAUUGUAUUUCAAAUGUUUUAAUAUAAUCCUUAGAUAAAAAAGAGAAUUUUUUUUAUUAUAUAUUUUCACACAUAUAAUUCACACUUAAAACUUAUAAACAAAAAUAUAAGCAAAAUAUUAACUAGUUACUAUAAUUUAGUUUUUUUAUUAAUAUGCAUCAGAAAUUUAGCUAUUACUCACUUAACCAGCUUUGGUUAGAAAAUAAAUUAAAUAUUUUUAACAAUUUGAAAAGAAGUGUAAGAGAGUAACAAGUAACCAAUGUAAACAAAUAAAAAUACAUUUUCGGGUUCAAUUAUUUUUACUAGAUAAAAAUUUACAAUAAAUUAAAAUAAAGCCUCAAGAUAGUCGGUGGAUAUAAUUCAAUCAAAAUUUUGACCAUCUCUCAUGUAAUUUGCUAUUUUCUCAAGAAUAUAAGAAAUCUUUAAUAUAAGUGUAAUUAACUUUGAUAUAUUCUUCUAAAAUAAUAUUUCUUUAUAUUUCAAAUAAAAAAAAUGUUAUUUAUUUCCCUAAAUAUAGAGGACAGAGUAGAGGUCUAUAUUUUAUAGAAAGAAAUAAAGAUAGAUUAAUUAGAGUACUCUCAAUCUAAUAACGUCACUUACCUAGAUAUUUGAAUCAUUACAUAUAUUUUGCUUAUAUUUGUUUAUACCGUUUCCUUAAUUAUUUGGUGAAUCCUCUUGUUUGGGUGUCUUGUUCUUCUGAUCUAGAUUAUACUAUGUGUCUGUAAUAUAGCCUUUGGUUUAAAAGGCUAUGUUUCUUUCUCAAGAGAAUUAUGUUGAUUCUGCGGGUUAAUUAGACAUAUAUUCUGGUGGCUUUAUCUUUUGAGGGGUUCUUGUAACUCGCUAGCUAUUUUAUUCUGUAAUUUCCUGUUUAAUUAUCAUUGUUAUGUGUUACAAAAAAAUUUACCAUCGUUAUAUUUUAGAGAAAAAUGACGUGAUUUUUAUUUAGUUUAAUGAAAGUAAGAUUGGAGAAAUAUAAAAAAAUAAAUGUAGUAAUAUUUUUGAAAUUUAAUGUUAUCAUAUCUGAUCAAGUGUAUGAGUGCACAACAUCACUAGUUUUUAAGUUCCAUAACAUUUAAAAAUAGAAAAAUAACAAAAAGUAAAAUGAAGACCUUCUGUCAUAUGAGACUUUGCUAAAUCUGAGAAAGGCUGAUUUUACAUGUGUAUAUGUUGAACAAAAAGUUUUCAUGCGCCAUGCAAAAAUAAUAAUGUCAAAAAAGUACAUUUAUAAUAAUUAUUUUUAUAUUUUAACUUUAACAGUUUGAAAGAAAUAAGAUCAUGAAUGUUUUAUUUUUUAUUUAUUUAAUUUAAAUAUUUCAGUAUGAUUCUAUUUAAAUUUCAAAAGAGUUAAGAUUAAAUUUAUAAAAAUAUAUUUAUAUCAUAUUGUAUUUAAUGAUUACUUAUUUUAAUAUAUUUCUUACCACCAAGUUUAAGUAUAUAUAUAGUGAAAUAUAAAUUCUAAUAAAUAUUGGAUUUUUGUUUGUUUUAGUUAAGUACAUUAAAUUGGAAAAAAAAUUGUACUUAAUGAACUGAUAAAUUUAAAUAAAAUUUAAUCGCUUAACAAUUAAAAAUUAUUUGAUUAGUAUUGUUUUAGCUUUGUAUUUCUUGAUACACACUUACAAUUAAUUUUGGUAAAAUAUAUAUGGGUUAUACAAAAUGUGAUAUGUAAAUUGAUGUGAAAAAUUAUAUUGGUAAUUAUAAUAGCUUAUUUUUAUUUUUGUGAUAGAAAAUAUAUAUUUAUUUAAUGGUGAGAUAUAAGUUAUUAGUUAUUAAUAUAUUUUAAUAUUUUCCAAAAAAAUAAAGAUGUUUAAUGGUGAUAUAGGAAUUAAUAGUUAUUACCAUAUUUAAAAUAAAUUACAAAAUUUAUUUGUAUAAGGAAAAUUUAUACAUGGCACAAUUAAGUUGAUAUCAUAUUACAUUUUGAAUGUGGUGAUAACACAUAUACAAUUUACUUCACAAAUAAUGUUUAGGGAGGGUCAAAGACAAAUUUGUUAGAGAUUUUAGUAUAGUUUUCUUCUUCUAAUAUAUUAAAAUAUAUUUUAAAGACUCAUUCUGAUCUCUAAGUGAUAAUGGUGCGCUGACACCUGUUAAUAACAUUUUAUUGUAUGUUUAGUCAAAAUCAUUUUAUUGAGACUUUAGUAUUUUCAAUAGUACUUUUAGUAACAUAAUAUUGACCAAUGGUUGUUUCCAAAUAACAAUCCUGAAUUAAUUGUAUAAGUUAUGUGACUCAUCAAGGGUUAAUGAUUACUCAGCAAUUUAUGUAAAGAUUAUGAUUGUCCAAGUGUCUCAUUCCCUCAUUUCCUCUCUCUACAUAUACAUAUAUAAUACAUGAGACCAAGUAACAACUCUCGAACAAAAAAAAGAUAGAGACAGAGGGAGGGAGGAAAUGACAUUACAAGAGGUAGGAGAUGAUUACACAAAAGAUGGAACUGUUGAUCUUCGGGGCAAUCCAGUCCGAAGAUCCCAAAGAGGUCGUUGGAAAGCUUGUUCUUUCGUCAUUGUGUACGAGAUAUUUGAAAGAAUGGCUUAUUAUGGAAUAUCGAGCAAUCUAGUAAUAUUCAUGACUACCAAAUUGCACCAAGGCACGGUCCAGUCGUCUAACAAUGUGACCAAUUGGGUUGGGACCAGUUGGCUAACUCCAAUAUUGGGUGCUUAUAUUGCCGAUGCCCAUCUCGGCCGCUACAUUACUUUUGUCAUCUCUUCCGCUAUUUACUUCUUGGGAAUGGCGUUGCUGACAUUAUCAGUAUCUCUACCGGACCUUAGGCCACCGACAUGUACGAAGACCAAUGUUGAAGACUGCGAAAAGGCUUCGGUUUUACAAUUAGCCGUUUUCUUUGGAGCGUUAUACAUAUUAGCAAUUGGUACAGGAGGCACCAAACCAAACAUUUCUACAAUAGGAGCAGAUCAGUUCGAUGUCUUUGACCCAAAGGAGAAGAUUCAUAAACAUUCAUUCUUCAAUUGGUGGAUGUUUAGUAUCUUCUUUGGUACUCUCUUUGCCACAACCGUUCUUGUUUAUGUUCAAGAUAAUGUAGGAUGGGCCUUAGGUUAUGGGCUUCCAACAUUGGGACUUGCGAUUUCCAUUAUCAUAUUCUUGGUAGGUACUCCGUUUUACCGCCAUAAACGCCCCAUGGGAAGCCCAUUCACGAAGAUGGCUAGAGUCAUUGUGGCUUCACUUCGUAAAGCUCAAGCGCCUAUGUCACGUGAUCCCACAUGCUUCCAUGAGCUCCCUCUGUUGGAAUAUGAGAGCAAGAGAACAUUCCUAAUCCAUCCUACAAGAAAUCUAAGAUUCUUAGACAGAGCUUCACUCAAGACCGGACCAACCAAUAAAUGGAGUCUCUGUACUACAACAGAAGUAGAAGAAACAAAACAAAUGUUAAGAAUGUUACCUGUCCUGUUCAUAACGUUCGUCCCAAGCAUGAUGCUCGCUCAAGUCAUCACUCUAUUCGUCAAACAAGGAACCCUCCUCAACCGUCACAUCACCAGCAACUUCAGCAUCCCACCCGCAAGUCUCGUAGGGUUCACUACAUUCUCCAUGCUCAUCACCAUAGUCAUAUACGACCAAAUCUUUGUUAAACUCGCCAGAAAACUAACCGGAAACCCAAGAGGCAUCACAUUGCUUCAACGAAUGGGAAUCGGUAUCUUCCUCCACAUCUUUAUCAUGAUCAUUGCAUCAGUAACAGAACGGUAUAGGCUCAAGGUCGCUGCUGACCAUGGACUAGUCCACCAGACCGCUGUACCACUUCCCUUGACCAUUUUCGUGUUGCUGCCACAGUUUGUGCUAAUGGGUUUGGCUGAUACUUUCUUAGAAGUAGCUAAGCUUGAGUUUUUCUACGAUCAAGCACCUGAGAGUAUGAAAAGCCUCGGGACAUCUUACAUGACCACCAGUUUAGCAGCCGGGAACUUCAUGAGCAGCUUCUUGCUUUCGACAGUGGCUCGGGUGACGAAGAACCAGGGAAGAGGAUGGAUUCUUAACAACUUGAAUGAGUCGAGGUUGGAUCACUAUUACAUGCUCUUUGCGGUUAUAAACUUGGUUAACUUCAUCUUCUUCUUGAUGGUGUCUAAGUUCUAUGUGUACAGAGCUGAAAUCACUGAUUCAGCAAACGAAAAACAGGAGACAAAGGUUCUAGAUAACAACAAGGAGUAA